AUGACCAACUACGGAGACACCUGGAAUACAACCUACGACACCUACGACACCGCAGGAUCCGCCUACAAUCCUGCGGGCACCUCAACUUAUAAUCCUACGGGCACCUCAACCUAUAAUACCUUGGGCUCAACCUACAGCCCCUCGGGCUACGGCACCUACGGCACCAGGGACUACGGCACAGUGGGCUACGGUUCCAAUGCCACUGCUUCGACUUAUGAUACCGACACCGGCCGCGGCACAACCUCCUACGACCCUGCCACCGGCGCCUACGACCAGCAUCUUGAUUACAACACUCCCACCGGCCGCCGACACCACCGCGAGCGCGUGAACUCGGCUGGCACCUAUCGUCACCGCGAUGUUGACAGAUAUGAUGACGGAUCUACCCGUGUCCACAAGGAGUAUGACAAUCCAAACACGGGUACUAGCUACCACCGUGACUUUGAGCGUUAA